GAGGCCGAGUGCUUCGACUUGGACGACCAUGGCAGCCCCGAGACCGACUUCCAAGCUUCCACCUGGAGCAAACCGUAUUUUGUUUGUUAAGAACUUGAAUUAUCAAAUUACGGGUGAAGACUUGUACGACCUCUUCGGUCGGUACGGGAGCAUCAGACAGAUUCGCAUUGGCAACGAAGCCAAAACGAAAGGAACCGCAUUUGUUGUGUAUGACGAUGUUAUGGAUGCAAAAAAUGCUCUCGAGCAUCUGAACGGCUUCCACUUGCAAGAGCGGUAUAUCGUCGUCCUUUACCACAUGCCCGCCAAGCAAGAUGCUGCGGCAGCAAAGGCGGAUCUUGCUCGCAGAGAGGAGGAACUUGUGCAACUAAAGAAGAAACACAACCUCGGAGACCUUUAAGCCUCGUUCUCCACCAUUCACCAUACAUUUAGUUUCCAGUCCUGCAUCCGUUGUAUUAUUUCGAGCAUGACCCUAAUGAACAUUAGCUCUCUGUAUUCAUUUCAGGCGGGCAACUACGAAAUCCCCUUCGAGGCGGGUCGCAUGUCAAGAUUCCCAAUAAAUCUGAUGGCAAUAAAGGUACCAACAACAGUAUAACAUCAAUUUGUACGAUACAGCAUCAUAGGAGUAGGUUCACCAAGACAUCGUGCUUUGCCGUCUCACGGCCAUGGACAAUAUCUAGAUAAGUUCCGCAGCAUUAACAGGCAUCUCGUCCUACAAUGUUUUAUGGUUAGCACCGCGACUCAAAGGACUUCCAAGUGACUCACAAUCUGAGUGCUGUAGAAUUGCUCUGCAAGGUACCUGUGAGGACAGAGCCACUAAAACAAUGAGGGCAACUCACCAAUGUCACGGAGGAUGCGGACAUCAUCGACA